AUGCGUUUACAAAGAAACUCCAUUAUAUGUGCUUUGGUGUUUUUAGUCUCAUGCGUGCUAGGUGAUGUGAAUGUCGUUUCCCCAAACUCCAAAGCCACAUUCAGCCCAAGUGGUGGUGUUGUUUCUAUUCCCGUUGAAUGGAUGGAUAAUGGUGCAUAUCCCCCAUUAAGCAAAAUUACAUAUUUCACGUUAAGUCUUUGUACCGGUCCUAACACCAACAUCAACUGUGUAGCCACGAUUGCUAGUAAGGUUAGUCCAAGUGAUUUGACGCAGGAUGAUAAGGUUUACUCUUACACAGCUGAGUUUGCAUCGACUUUAACUGGGAACGGUCAAUAUUACAUUCAAGUUUAUGCCCAAGUGGACGGCCAAGGUAACACUAUCCAUUAUACACCAAGAUUCGAACUGACUUCUAUGGGAGGUACUACGGCUUAUACAUAUAGUGGUACGAUUGAGCCUACUCCGCAGACUUCUAUUCAAACAACCACGACAAACAACGCGCAAGCCACUACUAUUGACAGUCGUUCAUUUACUGUUCCAUACACCAAGCAGACCGGUACAUCGCGUUUUGCUCCAAUGCAAAUGCAGCCAAAUACUAAAGUGACUGCUACCACGUGGACAAGGAAAUUUGCUACUAGUGCUGUGACAUAUUACUCUACCUUUGGCUCACUGCCAGAACAAGCAACUACGUUGACUCCUGGUUGGUCUUAUACAAUAUCAUCGGGAGCAAACUAUGCUACUCCUGCAGCUAUGCCCUCGGCCAAUGGUGGUUGGUACAAACCAUCCAAGAGGUUGUCUUUGUCUGCGAGGAAAAUCAAUAUGAGAAAAGUAUGA